AUGGGGAGAGUGGAAAGAGGAUGGGGCAAAGAAGGGACAGAGGGCAUGUGGAAGGUCUUUUCUUUGUCAAUGGAAGGGAGUCAAAAACAACGUUCUAGUGGGGGUAAAACCCUAACGUUAAUACAGGAGGAAGCUGUUGAAGUAGUGUUGGAUGUGGGUGACAGUUGUGAGAUAGCAGAGAGUGUUAAAUUUUGCCUGUAUGGAAAACUUUUGACGACGAAACCAGUAAAUGUAGAAGCAAGGCCUAGAACUUUUAACGCAAUAUGGAAACUGAAUAAAGAUUUUCGCAUCAAAUCUUGGCCGGAUAAUGUUUUUGUUUUUCAAUUUUAUUCGGAUAGAGAUAAGGAAAGAGUUGUUGAGGGGAGCCCCUGGACUUUUGAUAGCCAUCUUCUUGUUCUAAUAGAAGUAAAUGCAGAAAUCUCACCAGCUGAAGUUUGUUUUGAUUCCGCCCCAUUUUGGGUCAGAGUUUUCAAUAUCCCUCUUGGGAGAUUAACAAAGGAGAGUGCUUUAGUGAUAGGAGGAAAGAUUGGCCAGAAUGAGAAACCUGAUGUGGGCAGCCUGUAUGGGUGGAGGAGAUACUUACGGAUUAGGGUGGAACUGGAUAUAACUAAGCCGUUGAAGAGGGGAAUCAUGCUUAAGGAUGUUCACAAUCAAUCUCGCUGGUUGGAUUUCCAAUAUGAGCGUCUAGGCAUUUUUUGCUACAUUUGUGGAAAGAUUGGGCAUCAGGAUUCAGACUGUGAAUGGGUAGAUAAUUUCUCGAAUAAGGAAGACUAUAAAUACGGUGGUGCUUUGAGAACUUUAUCGUUGAAACCUAUUAACAAGGUUCAAAAACUAGAACAGGCGAAAGAGGAAAUGUUAAUUAAAGCAAUACAACGAAAGUUUAACUUUAAUGAUGAGAAUUCUAAUACUGGUAAUAUGGGGAAGGACAAACCAGUUAGAGAAGAGGAUGUAGAUCAUGAUAAAGAUGAGGAAACAUGCAUGAGGAGAGAAGAGAUAACCGACUCUACAGAAGGCAUGCCUCGCACUGUCUCCAACCUCAGGCCUUUAGAAUCACGAGUUGCAAUGAUGGGGCUGAAUUUUGUACAUUCUAAAUGCGUUUCUACAGCUACUGGAUGCGAAAGUAGCAGGAGGAAAUGGAAGAAGGCUGCUAGGGUGGUGUCAACGAGUAAUGUUCCAAAACAAACAGUUCCUGGGAAAAGAAAAAUGGAUAGAGGGAUAAACGAUGGUUGCUCAAUUAUGGCGAUUGAUGAAGGUAUUGUUACUAAGAAGGGUAGAGAAGGAACCUCUAUGGAAUCAGAAUUGAUAUCGGCCAACUCGGACGUUCACCAGUGCUAUUCCCCAGAUUUAAUUUUUAUAUCUGAAACUAAAUCCGAUAAAGCUAAGAUAGGUCGUAUUUUUAAUAAUUUUUGGUAUAAUAAUUUCAUAGCAGUUGACAGUGUGAGAAAUAGUGGGGGUUUGGUUUUGGCUUGGAAAGACGCGAUGAAUGUAGUUAUGGGUAUCCAAAAGAAGCUGGAAAAUAUAAAUCGUGGGAGCUCUUGUGGUAAAUUCAAUGAGAUUUUGUGGCAACAUGAAAGAUCUGGUAGCCGUUUGAGAGAGGAGAGAAAGAUGCAAGUGCUUAGAUCAGUUUUAUGCGAUUGUGGUUUGGUGGACCUUAUUCAAAGCGGCAGCAAAUUCUCGUGGUUUCGAGGUAAUGGAGAUAGAGACCCGAUUCUCGAGCGGCUUGAUAGAUUAGUUGGAAAUUAUGAUUGGAAUAACAUAUUCCCUUUAGCAGUUGUGUUUACCUUACUUAGAGAGAGCUUAUAUCUUGCUCCCUUACUUCUAGAUACGGACCCAAACAAUAAACCUGCAGACCGAAAUCGCAAAAGAAUUCAACGGUUUGAGGCAAUAUGGGUGAGUAGACCAGACUGUGAAGAAGUGAUCAGGGAUAUUUGUGGAGUCAUUGGUGCUAGCUGA